GUAUCAUUCACGUUGUUUCCCUAAUAUUUAAUCAACAUGUUUGUAAAACUGGUCUUAUUAGCUUGCUCUUUGGCAGUAGCUACUGCUGUGUGGAACGGACCUUUAGCCGGCGGUCAACCAGCGCAUCUUUACCCAGCCGGAGUUAGUCCACAAGCUUGUCCCAAUUUCCCUAAUUGUAAUAACCCCGCCGUAGCUGCCGAUCCCCAAGCACCGGCAUCUCAAUGGGGAGCUCAACCCCAAUGGAACGCACAACCCCAACCACAAUGGAAUGCACAACCCCAAUCCCAAUGGAACCAACAAAACAACUGGAACUCACAACCUAAUCAAUGGAAUCAGGGGCAAUAUAACCCUGCUCCUGUACCACAACAAUGGGGAAACGAUGCUACUUCUAGAUUAAACAAAGGGGAAUACAUAGGAGAUGGAGAUUACCACGGAGAAGGUCUAGUUGAAGCCCUUGCACCGGGUUAUGAAAACCAAAAUUUGAUUUCUCAAUGGAAUAAUCCGAAUCAAGGUGCUCCUAAUCAAUGGAACAAUGGAAUCCCCCAUAACGCUCAACAAGCUCAUGGUGUAGGUCAAAUUCCCGCAGGAGUAGACGCGCAUUCUUGUCCUAACUAUCCUUUCUGCUCUUAGGCGUGCUAGAUAACCAGGAUGACAACAUGUUGUUUUUUGUCUCGUAGUUAAUUUUUUUUAAAUAUUUUCAGCGAAAUUAUAGGGAAAAAAAACAUUUUAUAAAUGUUCCUAAAAAUCGUGAAUUUUUUUUUUUAAAUUUUGACUUUCCCUAGUAAAUAAUUUUAUCUAAAAUGUUACUUUUUUUUCUAAAUAAAAAUUAAAUAUACU